AUGCCUAGAGACACCAAGACCGCCAUCAUGAACACCAUCCCGACACGCCAUGUCGGGGAUGUCGCACCCCGCGAUCAUCUACAUCUACCGCCCAUAUCGUCCUCCGCAGUCGCCAGCGGCAUGAAGCGUUCUUUUGCGACCAUGGCCAUGCUUUACGCCAACGACAGCGACGCGGACAACACCGACGAUGCCAAUGCCAAUGCCAAUGCCAACGCCAGGCGGCCACCACGACCCCUCUCCAACAGUCCGAGUACUUCCAGCUACAGAGUAGGCACGUCUAUUUUUCUCCUUGCCUUUCAUCUCAAGUCUUGUAUUGUGCUCAAUACUAACAGAUCGGUCCAACUAGGCUCUUGGUCGGCACCCAACUCCCCGCCCCGUCGUGCGCUGCCGCAUCAUCCCAUCACCGCCAAUUUCGAUCCCGAUGCUUCCAUUGUUAUCGCCGGUAUCCGUGGCGCUGGCAAGUCUACGCUGGCCAUCAUGGCAUCUACCGCCAUGAAGCGCAAAUUAGUCGAUCUGGAAUCCGAGUUCCAUCAUCUCACCGGCUUGUCUAGUUCGAACUACAAGAAGAGACAUGGCCCGGGCGACUACGGAAGGCGUCAGAUCACCAUCUUGCAGAACAUCUUGAGUCUGCACAGAACCCGCGCCAUUCUCGUUUGUUCUUGGCUGGAGCGCGAUGUGCAAGCCAUGUUGCAGAAUUUCAGCACGUCUAAUCCCGUCAUUUACGUUCUGCGUGAUGCGAAAGCCAUCGAGGCCCAUCUGAAGGGAUAUGACAAGUCCAAAGUUAGCGCCCUUCUUGACGCCACAAGUGCUGUCCUUCGCCGCUGCACCCAUUUCGAGUUCUUCAACGUCUCCGAGGAGAACUUGGACACCCACUCCGGUCCAGCAUCACCGCCCGCCGUCCCGGACCAGCGGCAUACCGCGCCAUAUUUAACGCUCAAACGAGCUGAGCGCCAUUUCCUCAAGUUCCUCUCCUUAAUUUUACCCAAGGGAACCAUACCCUUCGUCGAGUCCGCGUUUCCCUUGGCUUCCGUCCCCGUUGAGCAGCGCCGCUUCACCUACGCCCUCGCCUUGCCUAUAUCUGCCUUCCUCGACAGAGGCGUUGAUAUACAAGAGCUCGAUGCCGGCGUGGAUGCAAUCGAGAUCAUUAUUGAUGACCUUGCAACAGGCGAAUCCCGCGCAACGAGUUCCCUGGGCCUUGCGCCACACCGGGCGAGCGAGAUCAGCCGUGUUGUAGGCGAGAUCAGAAGGGACACAGUGAUUCCCAUUAUCGUUCACGUGGUCUUUCCAGAGAGAGCGUUGUCUGAAGAAGCUCUGCUGGCUCUUUACAUGACUUACCUCAGCCACGCCUUAAGGCUUGCGCCAGAUUAUCUUACGGUCGAUCUGAGACUCGAUUCAGGCUUACUGAGCCAACUAACUGCCGUUAAAGGAAUAGCAAAGGUUAUCGGCAACAGACAGAUUUUGCACGUCAAUUCGCCGCUUUGGGGGGAUUCGUCUUGGGUCCAGGCCUACCGAAAGGCCCAGAAUACAGAAUGCGACUUGGUGCGGAUGACUAGACGGGCUUCAAGUUCCAGGGACAACACGGAUAUCCGGCAGCUUCAAGUUGCGGUAGACGCCGCGGGGGGUCCAAGACUUCCUUUGAUUGCUUACAACACAGGCCGGCUAGGUCGAUCAUCGAUGUGUUUUAACGAGAUCCUGACCCCGGUUGCACCAGAGCCUUUCAAGCAGGAUACACCUGAGCUCCAAGAUCAUGCUCACCACCAUCUCCAACCUCCGCUUACGGCUCUAGAAGCGACGCAUGCUCUCUAUUCUGCAUUUGUCCACGACCCCAUGAAGCUGUAUGUCUUCGGCGCAAAUGUGGGAUAUAGCUUAUCCCCAGCCAUGCACAAUGCCGCUCUCAAUGCCUGUGGAAUUCCGCACCACUACCGGCCCCUUUCUACGACCAAUAUCGGGACCUUGCGCGAGGUCAUCAGUGAUCCGCAGUUUGCUGGAGCCUCGGUCGGUCUCCCGUUCAAGGUGGAAAUUAUCAGCCUUACGCAUUCGUUGAGCAGGCAUGCGAAAGCCAUCGGGGCCGUCAACACCUUGAUUCCGGUCCGACACCUUACGGCAGACGGUGGAAUACCGGACGAGGUAUCCAUGUUCAACAAUAUCAGCCAAGCUGGCCCUGUCAAAGCUCUUUACGGCGAGAACACGGAUUGGAUUGGUAUCCGGGCCUGCCUUCGCCGCGGUUUAUCGCCCGCAAAUGCCGUGAGGUCAACUAGCACUGGUCUUGUGAUUGGCGCUGGUGGAAUGGCUAGGGCGGCUGUAUAUGCCAUGCUUCAACUGGGAGUCAAGAAGAUUUUGAUCUUUAACCGAACAUUUGCCAAUGCCGAGAAGCUGGUUUCGCACUUCGAGAACCUGUUGGUCAGAGACGCAUUGCCUUUGUUGAGCACAGGGCCAAGAUCCCAUGACAACACCUCUUUUCACAUUAUUCGAUCCCGAGACGAACCGCUCCCAGAAAACUUCAAAAACCCAACCAUGAUUGUUUCCUGCAUACCGACACACACAGUGGACAAUACCCCGGACCCCGAGUUUACUGUACCUCUACAUUGGCUCGACAACCCCACUGGCGGCAUUGUGCUAGAACUAGACUACAAAUGUCUCACAUCACCUCUGCUCGAACAAACACGACGCGAAGCUCACAGAGGCUGGGUCGCAAUGGAUGGACUCGAUCUUCUGCCAGAACAAGGGUUUGCCCAAUUCGAACUGUUCACCGGGCGGCGAGCACCCCGUCGUUUGAUGAGGCGCGAGGUUUUGCGAGCAUACCCGGAUGGUCAAGAGCAAUCUCAUACCGCACAGUUACAGCCUCGACUCAACAGAAUUGCAACGCAGAUAUCCUGA